ACAUUCAACGGCCCUUCCCCAGGUCUCAAUUCUCCUCGUGUGGCUGAUGCACCUGUGCGAGUGAACAGUGGCAGUGAGCCGUCUUCUUCCAGACGUCCCGCAGCCGUCGUCACCACCACCUUCUGCAAUCGCGUCACCAACAUCCCAGGACCUGGUAAGCAAGGUGAAGCACCAACCCAGAAGCCGGCUAGUCACAAGCCUCAAGCUUUCAACCAGCGGAAGUCGGCAUUCUGUUAUUGAGGAUGGACUGCCUAAGUGCUUGCUUGCAGUUAGGCACAUACAUUUGUUGACGCGUCUACAUGGGUCAAAGAGAGCCAUCAAAUUAAUGCACUUGGUAGUUUAGCAGGAUUUUUUUAAAAGGUCUACACGGGUCAGAGAAAUGUGUGACAAUUGAAAUACCCAUGCUCUCGGAUAUGUACAUACAUAUGUAGGUACCAACAUGUUUACAUAAUACUCGUACAUCCUAGCCAGGCACCUCCUUCACUUCUCACCUGCACCACCAUAUCCACGACCAGCCCGACCCCACCGCCACAACCACCCUCCAAUUGCAUACAUACUUUCGCGACGACAUUCACCAUGAAACCCGCGCACACCCCACAAUGCCCCUCGCUCCCUCCCGAACUCUGGAUCCGCAUCCUAACCUUCAACACCGACCUCACCCACCUCUGGACCCAAUGCCGCCACACCUCGCACGCCUUCCGCGCCUACACCGAGCAAGUCUUUGCCCACCACGUCCUGCGCAACACGUAUAUCGACUUCCACCUCGAAAAGUACAACCUAGGCGGCAAAUCCAAACGCCCCGAAAUCCCGACUUCGUUUGCGCACUUUGCCGACGCCAGCGUUGUCCCCAACACCAACAAGAACAGCGAUGACAAUGACGAUGGCGAUGCGCCGCAGCGACAACAAGAAAGAAACAAACCCCACGCCACCUUCACAGACACGCGCCUGGAAAAAGCAGUCAGCGGCGGCAACCCCAAAGAAUACACGCGCAUAAUGCAACGCUGGGCCAACAACAUGCAAACCCUCACCCCGCAAAUGCCAAAUUACACAAUCCGCAUCCACUCUCCCUCCUCCUCCUCCUCCUCCUCCUCCUCUUCUUCUUCCUCCAGCUCGACGCUCCUCGUCAACGACACCCCUCUCCCGUCCCUAACCCACGACCCCUCCUCCCGCAGCAUAUCCUUCGACUGGCGAGAAAUGUACACGCUCUUUUUCCGCGAACAAGCGCUGUUCCUCGCGCUUAAAGGGAAAUGGGAACGAGCCACGCACGCGAAACUGAAACUCAUCAACGACGCUGCGCGCACGACACAGGAUCAGAAUCAGAAGGAGAAGUUGUCGGUCAGGGAGUACCCGCAGCCCUGGGCCGUGGCAUCCAUGGAGCUGCGCAAGCAGAUCCGCAGGAAGAGAUUGCUGACGACGAAAGGGUACCAGGGCAACAAGGAGAUGGAGUGGGCGAUUGGCAGUUUGUCGUGUUUUGAGAACCACGGGGCUGGAGCCAAAAGUACAAAUAACAGCAACAGCAACAGCAACAGCGCAUUCAAGCUGAACCCAGAGUUACCGGGCGCCGGCAUCGGAGAGCGGUGGUUCGGCAGCACGAGUCUUGUGCAGGGGCUGUUUCUCGAUGAGUGGAGCUGCAUGCAUCGGAUCGAUACCAAAGUCGAGCAUGUCAAGGGUGGUGGUGGUGGUGGUGGGGAGUGA